AUGGAAAAUUAUCAAUUUGUUGUUAUCGGUGGUGGUAUAUCUGGUGUGACUUGUGUAGAAAGUAUUGCUACAUUUGAUCCUACUGCUCAAAUUCUACUUCUCACAGGAACACCAUUGAUCAAAGCAAUUACAAAUUAUGUUAAAGUAAGCAAAUUUUUAGAAGAAUUUGAUAUUGAAGAAAAACCUUUUCAUUAUUUGGCUGAACGAUAUUCAAAUUUAAUUAUACAAAAUAAAAUUGUUGAACGAUUAGAUAUUGAUAAACAAAUCAUUAUCUGUUCUGAUAAUACACAAAUUCAUUAUGAUCAACUUUGUAUUUGUACUGGUGCACGACCCAAAUUACUUUCAAAUAAUAAUCCUUAUGUACUCGGAAUUCGUGAUACAGAAACUGUUGAAUCAUUUCAAAAAAAAUUAAUAACAGCUAAACAAAUUCUUAUUGUUGGUAAUGGUGGUAUUGCAACUGAACUUGUAUAUGAAAUUGAACAUUGUUCAGUUAUAUGGGCAAUUAAAGAUGAACAUAUUUCAACAACAUUUUUUGAUGAAGCUGCUGCUCGAUUUUUUCUUGAUCGUAUUCAAAUGGUUAAAGAAAAACAAAAAUUAAAUGAAAAAAGACAAAAAUAUGAAAUUGCUGAUCAAACAAAUAUUCAAACAUCAUCAUCAAGCAUAUGUGGUGGAGCUUUAGGUCCUGAUUGGGUAGCAAAUAGAUCAAUGAAAGGUGCAUUUUCUCAACCUCGACAAGUUCAUAUUGAAUAUAAAGUUGAAGUUAAAAAUAUUCUUACACCUGAACAAUAUCAACAACGAAAAUUAACUAUUGAAAAUCUUCAAUCAUCUGAAGAAGAAAUUCAAUGGCCAGUAUAUGUUGAAUUAACUAAUGGUAAAAUUUUUGGUUGUGAUUUUGUUGUGAGUGCCAUUGGUGUAAUACCUAAUGUUGAACUUUUUCUUCAAUCAGCAGAUUUUAAAUUAGGUACUGAUGGUGGUUUAUUAGUUGAUGAAACAAUGCGUACAUCAAUAAAAAAUAUUUUUGCUUCUGGUGAUGUAUGUACAGCUGGUUGGACAUUAGCAGAACAUUGGUUUCAAAUGCGUCUUUGGUCACAAGCUCGUCAAAUGGGACAUUAUGCUGGUAAAUGUAUGUUAGCAUAUGCACAUAAUCAACAAGAUUCAUUAACAAUGGAUUUUUGUUUUGAACUUUUUGCUCAUACAACAAAAUUUUUUAAUAUGAAAGUUGUUUUACUUGGUAAAUAUCAUGAAAAUGAUAUGAAAAAAUAUGAUAAUCUUAUUCGAAUGACUCCAGGUGAAGAAUAUAUUCGAAUAACAUUAAAAGAUGGACGAGUAUAUGGUUGUAUUUUUAUUGGUGAUACUGAACUUGAAGAAACAUUUGAAAAUUUAAUAUUAAAUCAAAUCGAUGUUAGUUCUUACGGUGAAACUCUACUCGAUCCAAAUAUUGAUAUUGCUGAUUAUUUUGAUUGA